AUGGAUCCCCACAACGAGCGAUGCACCGAGCUGCAGUACCCCGACCUGGUCAACUUCUCCGUCUCCGUAUUCAUUGUCUUCGGCAUCCUCGUAUCAUACCUGCCCCAGCACUACAAGAUCAUAUCCCGCCGCUCUUCCCGCGGCCUCAGUCCCAUGUUCGUCCUACUCGGUACCGUGUCUGGCACGGCCAGCAUCGCCAACAUCUUGACCCUGCCUGAGAGCACAAGAGACAUGGCCUGCUGCAAAGAAAUCGGAACCUUCCCUUGUGCAGCAGCUAUGCUAGGCAUAGUCCAGAUAGGCGUACAGUGGAGUUGCUUCUUCUUCAUCAUGCUACUAUUCCUCAUCUUCUUCCCCCGAGACGCCCCAUCAAUCGCAGAGGAAGAGCAAGAUUCCCAAAUGCCGACAUGGAAAGAAGCCGUACUGGUCCUGGCUGUGUCUGUUGCCUUCUUCGUCGUUGCUCUGUUUGGCUCUGUAGUCUUCGUAUACGCCGUCCCGUCCCAUGUCCGCGGCUGGGCAAACUUUCUCGGCCUCCUCGCUACUGUGCUUGCAGCUAUACAAUACAUACCUCAGAUCCUCAUGACUUGGAAGCUGCAAGAGACAGGCAGUCUUUCCAUUCCCAUGAUGUGCAUCCAGACGCCUGGCAGCUUUGUCUUCGCUGCUAGUCUGUAUGCGCGCUUGGGGCCGGCGGGCUGGAGUGCAUGGGGUUUGUUCAUCUUUACCGGCAUCCUGCAAGGCUUCCUACUAGCCAUGGGUAUUUCUUUCGUCUUAAGGGAUCGCAAAGCUCAGCAAGCCCAGAUGAUGAAGUUUUCAAGUGCAAUCGCCCUCGCGGGCGCGGCGCAAACCUUGGCUGCAGUCAGGCCUCGCCCUAUGGUCUCGUCCGGAGCUAUUCAGGACCAGAUCACUAGCGAAAAGUUGAUGGGCAAUCUGAAAGCAUUCGACACGAUUGCAAAGGCCAAUGGUGGAAACCGUGCGUUUGGUCUUCCUGGCUACGCCGCCUCGGUCGACUACAUGCUUGAAAAGACACAAAACACCCAUUUCAAGACAUGGACCCAGGAUUUCCCUGCUUUGUUCAACCGAGUCGAUUCCAUCGAGUUCACCGUGAGCAACACCUCGUACCGUGUUGUGGGAUUGACGUAUUCUCCCUCUACCUCACCGGAAGGUCUGACGCUUCCGCUCGCGCUGGGUGCCACCGGAGCUGCGGGUUGCACAAAAGAGGGAUAUAGCAAUCUGGACGUAAAAGGAAAGAUUGCUCUUGUACAGCGCGGCUCAUGCCCAGACGGCACCACGUUUGCCGGACGCAUGAAGGCGGCUGCUGCCGCAGGUGCAUCAGCCGUCGUCAUCUACGCCAGCGAUCGGUCCAAUGUCACUGGCGGAACCCUCUCAAACCCCAACCCACUCGAGUACGUCUCAACAGGGUACAUCAACCUCGCUGACGCCGAGCCCCUCGUUGCCCGCCUUACCGCCGGCGAGGCUGUCGAGGCCUACUUUCAGCAAACUCAGAUUAUCGAGGAGCGCAUCACACAAAAUGUCUUCACCGAGACCAAGGAUGGUGACCCAGAGAAUGUCAUCAUGCUCGGUGCGCAUCUCGACAGUGUCCAGGCUGGUGCAGGUAUCAACGACGACGGCUCCGGCAGCACCCUGAUUCUCGAAAUCGCCCGUGCCCUUCGCAGAUUCAACGUCAAGAACAAAGUCCGCUUUGCCUGGUGGGGCGCCGAAGAGAACGGUCUCCUAGGCUCCAAAUACUACACUCAGAACCUCAAUGCCACCGAGGCCAACAACAUCCUCACAUACCUCAACUUCGACAUGGUCUCCCGCGGCUACUUUGGUGUCUUCGACGGCGACGGCAGCACCUACAACCUCACCGGCGCCCCCGGCUCCGACGCCAUCGAAAAGCUCUUCGUCGAGCACCUCACCAGCAAAGGCGUCAACGUAACCGCCGCCCGCUUCACCGGCGGAAGCGACUACCAAUCCUUCAUGAACAUCGGCAAGCCCGUCGGCGGCCUGCACACUGGCACAGGCAUCGAGCAGGACCCUUGCUACCACCAAGCCUGCGACACAAUCGACAACCCUAACCCCGAAACUCUAACUAUCAACGCAAAGGCCGCCGCACACGUCCUUUCCAUCCUCGCCACCCGCGGCGAAACAAUCAUCCCCAAGAGCCCCAUCAACACCACCAUGAUCACCGCCCGUGGCAUCAUCGGCGUCGAACCAAGGUGGACUGUCCCUGAAGAAGGUGAAAAGCACCUCGCCACAUGUGGCUAUGAAAUCUAA